GUAGUUCUUUUCUCUAGAGAAAAAAGUUCUCCUUAAAAAUGGAGUUAGAUAGUAUCUAACGUGGAGACGCUGACUGAAUGAAUUUGAACGUUGUUUUGAUUUCUUUAAAAAAGCGGAGUUUAUUUGGUCGCAGCAACCCUGCGCCACGCAUCCUCUUCCACGUUUCUCAGAACUUCGUCUCGCUAUUUAAAGUCCAGUUUAUCUGCGUCAGAUGCCAGUUCUGAGGCAAGAAGUAGUGCUUUCGGUUCUGCCACAGGCUGAGGCGGGCGGGCUGGGCAGCGGUGGCCGGCGUGGAGCCAGGGUCAGCCAUGACAGCGUAGGCAGGCGGCGAGAGAUGGAUCGCUUCACCGAGUGCGGGACCCAGACGGAUGCGGUGGUGGUGCUGUCCCUGGCGCAGGCUGCAGUUCUGGGCUUGGUGUCUGAGAAUGAGCUGCUGGGGGCCACUGUCAGCCCCGCCGGCUUCUUCCCGGGGCUGGGAGCGGAGCUGCCGGGUGCGGCUGCAGCGGAGCCUGGGGAGCCGGAGGGCGAGUGCCGGCUGGAGGGUGAGGGGCAGGCACCAGGGGAUGGGCAGGAGGAGGACGCCUUGGAGGCAGAGUCCUCCCUGGAAAAGCAUGCCCGGAGGAGGAAGCGGCCUCCAGUGAGGCUGGUGCCCAAGGUCAAGUGUGAGAAGGCAGAGGACGAGGUGCUGUACGAAGGGCCCGUUCCCGGCGACGGGGAGGGCGAGCAGCAGCGUGGCCGCCCACCGCCACUCCAGGACACCAGCCAGGAGCAGACGGUGCAGAGCAGUGCUGUGAAGAUGAUUGACCUUGGUGCCUUCGGCAGGAAGCCCCGGCGCCUGCGCCACCUCCGCCGGCACACGCGCCGUGAGCCAGAGAGCACUGAGGCGGCCGAUGGUGCCCCCGCGGGGGCUUUGCGGACCGAGUGCGCCUUCGAGGCGGGCACCCCAUCUCCUGGUGAGGCAGAGGCGCCGGCGUCCCCGGAGCCAGUGAAGAGUGAGCAGGGCUUCGGCUGGCAGGAGCCAGGGGAGUUGGAGGCGGAGGCGACGGGUGCCACCAGUGAGCGCAACAAGAAGGCGCAGCUGGACCGGCUGGACAUCAACGUGCAGAUCGAUGACUCCUACCUGGUGGAGGCUGGGGACCGGCAGAAGCGCUGGCAGUGCCGCAUGUGUGAGAAGUCCUACACGUCCAAGUACAACCUGGUGACCCACAUCCUGGGCCACAACGGCAUCAAGCCCCACUCCUGCCCGCAUUGCAACAAGCUCUUCAAGCAGCCCAGCCACCUGCAGACCCACCUGCUGACCCACCAGGGCACACGGCCGCACAAGUGCGAGGUCUGCAGCAAGGCCUUCACCCAGACCAGCCACCUGAAGCGGCACAUGCUGCUGCACACCGACAUCAAGCCCUACAGCUGCCGCUUUUGUGGCCGGGGCUUCGCAUACCCCAGCGAGCUGAAGGCACACGAGGUGAAGCACGAGAGUGGCCGCUGCCAUGUCUGCGUGGAGUGCGGGCUGGACUUCUCCACGCUCACCCAGCUGAAGCGGCACCUCUCCACGCAUCAGGGCCCCACGCUGUACCAGUGCCUGGAGUGCAGCAAGUCCUUCCACUACCGCAGCCAGCUGCAGAACCACAUGCUGAAGCACCAGAAUGUCCGGCCCUUUGUCUGCACUGAGUGUGGUAUGGAGUUCAGCCAAAUCCACCACCUCAAGCAGCACUCCCUCACACACAAGGGUGUGAAGGAGUUCAAGUGUGAGGUGUGCGGGCGGGAGUUCACCCUCCAAGCCAACAUGAAGCGGCACAUGCUGAUCCACACCAGCGUCCGUCCCUACCAGUGUCACAUCUGCUUCAAGACGUUUGUGCAGAAGCAGACGCUCAAGACCCACAUGAUUGUGCACUCCCCGGUGAAGCCAUUCAAAUGCAAGGUCUGUGGGAAAUCCUUCAACCGCAUGUACAACCUGCUGGGUCACAUGCACCUGCAUGCGGGGAGCAAGCCCUUCAAGUGUCCCUACUGCUCCAGCAAGUUCAACCUGAAGGGCAACCUGAGCCGGCACAUGAAGGUCAAGCACGGGGUGAUGGACAUCAGCCUGGACAGCCAAGAUCCCAUGAUGGACCUGGCUGGGGCCGACCAUGCUGAGCUGGAUGGGCAGCAGGAGAUGGAUGACUUUGAGGAGGAGAACUCUUACGGCUACGGAGGGGUGGGCAACCCUCCAGAUGAGCAUGCCCUGGCCGAGCAGGCCAUGAAGGAGAUGGCAUACUACAACAUGUUGUAGCUGAGGCUGGGGAAGGCUGCCAGGGGCCUGCGGGGACUUUGCGUGGUAAGAGGGGCCACAGCACCCAGCCAGACCUGUGCCACUGCCCUGGGAGAGGGGGGGGCUCCUGCUGAGCUUGGGGAAGGAGAAAACAGGGAUGUCCAAAGAGCUUUGCUGGGGUAGAGGCUGGAGGCAACACGGGGUGGCAGUCAUCGCUUGCCACGGGCUGGUGCGGUGAGGGCUGGGCUCCCCGCAGAGCCUCAGAGCUCACCCUGGCUGGGGCCCUUCCCCACCACCCCUGGAGAGGGAGGGCCAAGCCCAGCACCGGCUGCCUGCAGCUCUCCUGCCCCUACCCCAUGGUGCAGGGGCAAGCCAGGACCUUGCCUCUACUCCAGUGUCCAGUGUACUUGAAGCUGCAGGCAGGGGAAGGCACAUCCCAGAAGAUGAUGAGCAUUACUAAUUAUUCUACCUCCUGGGUCCCCCCCAACGGCUGCACGGGGGCUGCAGCCCAGCCGGCCCCCAGCUCCCUAUGGGGCAGAAGCCCCUCUGCCCAUGGGAGGAGGGGGGGUUGUGUUUCUUGCUCUUCCCCCUCUCCCGGACAGGCGAGAGUGUCCUACUUGCCCUGGCACUGGCUGCAAGCUGGCACAGGCAGAGCUGUGGCAACCUGCGCGAGGCCACGGGGCACAUACAAAACAGAAUAUUUUCUUACAAACUAAUGGCGACGCUCUGAGGAGGCGGCAGCUCUGGGUCUAGAGCAGCUGCAGCGAGCGGUGUUAUUUAAAGGAAGGCAAACCCUGUUCAACUUGAGCAAAUGAUGGUAUUUUGAAAGUAAUUUAUUUUUUUCAGA